AUGGCGGCCCCCACGUCCAGCGCUGCAGAGCGUCCGGGCAGGACGAUCGAGCUGCUCAUGCCCGUGUACGAAGAGGUGUGCAGUCGCUCUGCUGACGGCGUCGCAGCGACGACUGCAUACGUAUCGAUCCAGCGCACAGCAGACGAUUGGCUGCAGCUCGUGUUCCCGUUCUCUAACGUGCGCAAGGACGUGGCGUGCGUAAACAGUGGCAGCAACUGCCGCUGCAACUUUGUGCGCUUCCUGUGGUCGCUGCUGGUGCUCAUGGAGCGGCGUGUUGUGCGCGUGGACGCCACGUACGUUGUAGCGCCUCGAGGUGCUGCUGGCUUGUCACCGGUCGCGACGCUUCGAUUGCACGUGCGCGUGCAUUACGAUGCCGAGUGUGGCACGUCGCUCAAGGACUUUGGUUUUGUGCUGUGUCAUCUGCAAGCCAGUAUGCUGUCAGUUGUGCCGCACAACCAGGAGACGAGGGAAAAAGAUGUUGCUGCGGCUUUGGAAGACGCCAAGACGAGCUCGUGUCAUGUUGUUGGCUGCAAAUUGCACCGUUGGGAGUCUCUUUCAUCUAUGACUCAGUCCAAUCCAAGGCUCAAUUUGCCGGAUGUGUUUGACAGCUUGACGAGUCAGAUAGGCGUGGAUCAGAUGGAGGUCCGUGACGAUGCCACGUACGUGGUUCGAAUGACACGCGAUAAGAAGCAGACGUUCCUGACUGACUUGCCCGCAAACGUGCUGCAACGCAUCAUUUGUUUCAUGAACGCACGAGACCUUGCGUUGCUGAGCUGCGUGUGCUCGUUGUUUCAGCACAUGGCGUACGAAGUGGUACCUGGUCUGAACCUUGUACUGUACGAGCACCAGCGGAGAAGUUUGAAGUGGAUGCUGCACCGCGAGUCGCCGUCACUGACGUGCAGUCCUCAGCCACACCCGUUUAUUCUGUCGUCUGAGUUCGAUACUGACUCGGCUAUUGACCUGGUCGACGACAAAGUCAUCUACGAAUCCGCGCGUGAUGGUAAGUGA